GGCGGAAUAAGCCCGUGCAGACGCCCGCGCAGCCGCGGGCCAGUCCGGGUUUCGUGUCCUGUGUGCCCGCACCAUGGCCGCCCCCGGGCUGCGCGAUAUCCCACUGCUCCCUGGCUCCCCACGCCGGCUGAGCCCUCGGGCAGUGGCCAGAGGGGGCCAGGGCCCCAAACAUGGACAGCAAUACCUCAAGGUGCCAGGUCCCCAAGUCCCAGGCCAGCAGGGUAGUUCUGAUGGAGAAUCUGGCCUGCCCUCCAGGGGAGGGAGCUCCUGCAGCGGCUCGGUCAUCAACAACUACCUGGAUGCCAACGAGCCAGUGUCCUCGGAGGCCCGUCUGAGCCGCAUGCACUUCCACGACAACCAGAGGAAGGUCGAUUACGUGCUCGCCUACCAUUACCGGAAACGUGGGGUGCAGCCUGGCCAGGGCUCCCCUGGCCAGUUGCUGGCGAUCGUCUCCAAUGGGGAGACGGGCAAGGAACCUCAUGCUGGGGGCCACGGCGACAUUGAGCUGGGGCCACUCGAUGCCCUGGAGGAGGAGAAAAAGGAGCAGCGGGAGGAGUUUGAGCACAACCUGAUGGAGGCUGGGCUGGAGCUUGAGAAGGACUUGGAGAGUAAAAGCCAGGGAUUCAUCUUUGUCCGGAUACAUGCCCCGUGGCAGGUGCUGGCCAGAGAGGCGGAGUUCUUGAAGAUCAAAGUCCCCACCAAGAAAAUGUACGAGAUCAAAUCAGAAGGCAGCAUUGCAAAGAAGUUCAAUGAGCUUCUGCAGAAGCUGAGCUCACCCCUGAAACCCAGAGUUCCGGAGCACAGUAACAACAAGAUGAAAAACCUCUCCUACCCGUUCUCCAGGGAGAAGAUGUACCUGUACAACAUCCAGGACAAGGACACCUUCUUUGAUAAUGCCACCCGCAGCCGCAUUGUGCAUGAGAUCUUGAAGCGCACAGCCUGUUCUCGAGCCAACAACACGAUGGGCAUUAACUCCCUGAUAGCAAACAAUAUCUACGAGGCUGCCUACCCUCUUCAUGAUGGUGAGUACGACAGCCCAGGGGAUGACACAAAUGACAGAAAGCUGCUGUAUCAAGAGUGGGCACGCUAUGGAGUGUUCUAUAAGUUUCAACCUAUUGACCUCAUCAGAAAGUAUUUUGGAGAAAAAAUUGGACUGUAUUUUGCCUGGCUGGGAUUAUAUACAUCAUUCCUCAUUCCAUCUUCUGUAAUCGGAGUGAUCGUGUUUCUUUAUGGAUGUGCAACAAUUGAGGAAGAUAUUCCCAGCAAAGAGAUGUGUGACCAGCAGAAUGCCUUCACCAUGUGUCCCCUGUGUGACAAGUCCUGUGAUUACUGGAACCUCAGCUCAGCCUGUGGUACGGCAAAGGCGAGCCACCUGUUUGACAACCCUGCCACCGUAUUCUUCUCCAUCUUCAUGGCUCUGUGGGCUACCAUGUUUCUUGAAAACUGGAAGAGAUUACAGAUGCGGCUGGGCUACUUCUGGGACCUGACUGGUAUAGAAGAGGAAGAAGAACACUCCCGGCCUGAGUAUGAAACCAAAGUUCGAGAGAAAAUGUUGAAAGCGAGUGGCAAGUCGGUUGUCCAGAAAUUGGGUACCGAUAUGACUGAGAAUGAAGAUGAGGAUGAUGAAGAUAAGCUGACCUGGAAAGAUCGUUUCCCGGGUUACUUGGUGAACUUCGCCUCCAUCUUGUUCAUGAUUGCCCUGACGUUCUCCAUUGUCUUUGGGGUCAUUGUGUAUCGCAUCACAAUCGCUGCGGCCCUGUCUCUCAACAAGUCCACACACUCCAAUGUCCGGGUGACAGUGACAGCAACAGCAGUCAUCAUCAACCUCGUGGUCAUCCUUAUCCUGGACGAGAUCUAUGGCGCUGUGGCCGCGUGGCUCACCAAAAUCGAGAGAGGUGACCCUCAGCACCUCCGGGGGCCCUCACCAGCCCGACCUUCUAGGAGGACUCCGUCAGAGAUUUUUAGGAAGCUAAAGAAACUAUUUCGGAAGCUGAAAGAUGAGACAGAACCUGGAGAAACUGACUCUGCCCACUCAAAGCAUCCAGAGCAGUGGGACCUAGACUACAGCUUGGAGCCAUACACUGGACUGACUCCAGAGUACAUGGAGAUGAUCAUCCAGUUUGGCUUUGUCACCCUCUUUGUGGCCUCCUUUCCUCUGGCACCUGUGUUCGCCCUCCUCAACAAUGUCAUUGAAGUGCGGCUUGAUGCAAAGAAGUUCGUGACUGAGCUGAGACGGCCAGAUGCCGUAAGAACCAAAGAUAUCGGGAUUUGGUUUGACAUUCUCUCCGGGAUCGGCAAGUUCUCUGUUAUCAGCAAUGCUUUUGUCAUUGCCGUCACCUCCGACUUUAUCCCCCGCCUCGUGUACCAGUAUGCCUAUAGUCACAAUGGGACCCUGCAUGGCUUUGUCAACCACACCCUCUCCUUUUUCAACGUCAGCCAGCUGAAGGAAGGAACGCAGCCAGAAAACUCACAGUUUGACCAAGAGGUUCAAUUCUGCAGGUUUAAGGAUUACCGAGAGCCACCGUGGGCCCCGAACCCAUAUGAGUUUUCCAAACAGUACUGGGCCAUUCUGUCUGCCCGUCUGGCUUUUGUCAUCAUCUUCCAGAACCUUGUGAUGUUCCUGAGUGUCCUUGUGGACUGGAUGAUCCCAGACAUCCCCACAGACAUCAGCGACCAGAUCAAGAAAGAGAAGGGCUUGUUGGUGGACUUCUUCCUGAAAGAGGAGCAUGAGAAACUCAAGCUGAUGGACGAGCCGGCCCAGAGGAGCCUGGGAGGGGGGCAUCGCAGCAGGAGCCGGGCGCCCAGCUCAGCACUGUCGGGCCGGAGUCAGCCAGGCAGCAUCGCGUCCUCUGGUUUUCAGCACACGAACGUGUGAGCGAGCCAGCCCCGCUGCGGGCCCCCGCAGCAGCCAGGGACCUCACAGAGUGGGGCUGUGCACCUGCGCGGGCGUGGUGGCCGGCGUGUGCCGGGGUCUGGCCUGACGGGGUCUCAGAAAGGUGUGCGUGUGCAGAGAGAGAGGUUAGAGUGAGCGAGAGAAUGAGCAUGGGCAGGAAGAGAAAUGAGGCUGCUUCUCAGAAACUUCAAGCUUAAGUUUCUUUUAGGUCCUCUUUGUAUCCUUUGGGGGGCUUGGUACCCUAUUUUGAGUCACUUGGUGAAAGAACUGGGUGUCUCUACCCCAGAGCUCCCAGAUGCCACGAGCCUUCCCUGUGUUCCCUCAGGCGUCCUCUCUCAGGUGGCCACAGGCUGGGAGAGAAGUGAGCCCCCAUCCUGAGGGAUCCCUCUCCCUUUCCCACCAUCUCCCUGAGCAGACCCCUCGGAGUCACUUGCAGCUGGGGCUGUCACAGCCCCUCUGCGUGCAAAUUAAGUCGCAGGGCUGAUUGCUGUGGCCACUGGACUUGAUGGUGAGUGGCAGAGGUCCAAACCCAGGCUCGUCUCCAGUUCAUGUCACGGGAUGCUUUGAGCUUGUGCAGCUAACCAUCACUUUACACAGGUUCGGAUUUAAGUCAUAAAAUAAAUGGA